AGUUCGUUUGGAAACCAAAACAUAAAAAUAUUAAAUCACACGUUUUAUCCCAAAUAUUAUUAAACUAUUAUUAAGAAAAUUUAAAAUAUACAAAGACGUAAGAAACAUCUUAAUAGACAACAGGCCUUUAGAAAAGGCCAUACACAUACACUUGGAAAGGAUUAACCCAUUGGAAUCGGACAGGACACUUAAAACAUGGAACCUCUGGAACCGGACGUUAUUACUACCCAAGCAAAGGAACUGUCGGCAGUGGAGCGACAAAAGUUGGAGGAGCAAAACAAACGUGGUCUCGUGCCCGAAUUCAAAGCGAACAAGUUGGAAAUCGAUGCCCAAAGGAACUGGGAUAUAUUCUACAAGCGAAAUGAGACUCGCUUCUUUAAGGACCGCCACUGGACGACGCGGGAGUUCCAGGAGCUGCUGGACCAGGAGGAGUUCCACGAGAAACGAACACUUUUCGAAGUGGGAUGCGGUGUGGGCAACCUGGUAUUCCCUUUGCUGGAAGAACAAACCAGCGAAGAGGGAUGUUUCAGCAAUAGCAGAUUCUUCUUCUACGCAUGCGACUUCUCACCGCGAGCCGUGGAAUUCGUGCGUUCCAAUCCAUUGUACGAUCCCAGCCAGAUAUCUGCCUUUCAAUGCGAUAUCACGACGCAACAGGUGCAUGACCACAUCCCUGCCAGCAGCGUGGAUAUUUGCACCCUGAUCUUUGUGCUCUCCGCCAUACAUCCACAGAAGUUUACAGAUGUGGUGCAGAAUCUGGGCAAGCUACUUAAGCCAGGAGGGUUGCUGCUGUUCAGGGAUUACGGUCUCUACGAUAUGGCACAGUUGCGCUUUAAGCCGGGCAACAAGAUAGCAGAGAACCUCUAUGUGAGGCAGGAUGGUACGCGGAGCUACUUCUUUUCAGAGGAGGAAGUAUCCAAGCUGUUUCAGGAGAACGGCUUCGAGGUCAUCACCAAUGCCUAUGUCCAUCGACGAACUCUAAAUGUUAAAGAAGGCGUGGAUGUGCCGCGCAUUUUUCUGCAAGGCAAGUUUAGGAGGAAAAACCUGUGACCACAGGUUAAUUAUCAUGAGCAUUGUUACGUAUUUAGUUCUUGUAUUUAUUUUAAAUCAAUAACAUGGUUCAAGUCAACGUUCAAUAAAUAUUUGUAUGUA